UUCCCGCCAAUUCUAACGGCCGCCGGGAGCGCGGCAGCCUCGCCCGGGUACGAGAGCCCGGGCCAAUAAUUUCGGGUGGGUAUCCUGAGUGAUGGGGCAGGCCGGCCAAUGGCAUCCAAGGGAGGCGGGGCCUGGCGCUACGGGUUUCCUCUCCGGCUCGGCCUGCCCCCCCCUCCCCCCCCCCCGCGGGUUCUUCGCUGCGAAGAAAAUGGCGGCGGCGCCGAGCGGAGACGAGGAGAGAUUACUCAAGACAGCUAACAAAGCCACAGGAUUUUCAGGGACACAAAAACAGCCCAGCCGUCCAUCAGCAAGGGAAGAAAAAUCUGAGGACCAAGACUUGCAGGGUCUGAAGGACAAGUCCUCCAAAGCCAAAAAAGCCAAGAAGGAAAGAAAGGAGGAGAAGCAACAUGAGCCUUCUGCAGAACCCGCUGAAGCAGGCAAGGCAGAGAUGUUGGAAGAAGCCGGAUCUGCUCCCGAAGCCUCGGCCUCCCCCAAGCAACGCCGCUCUGUCAUCCGAGACCGUGGGCCCAUGUAUGACGACCCUACCUUGCCCGAAGGCUGGACCCGCAAGCUCAAGCAAAGGAAGUCCGGCCGCUCGGCAGGGAAGUUCGACGUCUACCUUAUCAACCCCCAGGGGAAAGCCUUCCGCUCCAAAGUCGAGCUCAUUGCCUACUUUGAGAAGGUGGGUGACACUUCUCUGGAUCCGAACGAUUUUGAUUUCACAGUAACUGGACGCGGGAGUCCCUCUCGGCGAGAGCAGAAGCCUCCCAAAAAACCCAAAGCCACGAAAAUGUCUGGCACAGGCCGGGGUCGGGGCCGGCCAAAAGGGAGCGGUUCCAUGAAGGCCAAAGGAGCCGUUUCGGAAGGAGUCCAAGUGAAGCGGGUGACGGAGAAAAGUCCGGGAAAGCUGUUGGUCAAGAUGCCUUUGCAGUCCUCCACGGCGGGCGCAAAGGCAGAGGGCACCGGCGGGGCGACUACCUCGGCACAAGUCAUGGUUAUUAAGCGUCCCGGCCGCAAGCGGAAAUCCGAGUCUGCCCCUCAGGCUGUGCCCAAGAAACGGGGGCGCAAGCCAUGCACUGUGACGUUGGCAGCAGUGGCUGAGGCCAAAAAGAAAACAGUCAAAGAGCCGGUGGUCACGCCUGUGCAGGAGACCGUGCUGCCCAUCAAGAAGCGCAAGACACGUGAGACCAUCAGCAUCGAGUUGCCCAAGCCGGUCCCGCCCCCUCCGAGCAACACCGGCGAGCGGAGCCCGAAGGGACAGCGGAUAGCUGCCAAAAGCCCGGGGCGCCGCAGCAAGGAGAGCAGCCCAAAGGGGCGGAGUGGCAACACUGUGCCGACCUCUGCCCCUUCCUCCUCCCUUGGCAAGAAAGAUCAGCAGCAUCCUCCCCAUCAGUCACCUCCGGAGCCUCAAGGCAGCCCCCCAGCUCAGUCCCCAGAAAGCCCCAAGGACAGCAAGAGCCUCCUCACUGAAGCCCAGGACUUGAGCAGCAAGAGCUGCAAAGAAGAAAAGGCUCCCGAAAGCGACGGCUGCCCCAAGGAGCCCCCUAAGACUCAGCCCAGUGGCACGGCAGCACCCUACAAACACGAGCGCAAAGACACUGUGUCGUCCUCCGCAGCCGUGCCCCGGCCUACGAACAGGGACGAGGCCGUGGACACCAGGACGCCUGUCUCAGAGCGAGUCAGCUGACUGUGAGGGGGGCGAGCGAGCAAGUUGAGCGCCAGAGGAAACAAACAGAGGGACAGGCACUCCCAGCCCCACACCUCCCCCAGUUGAAACUCCAGGCAACUGCCGGGUAGGAUCCCCCCCCACCCGCCCUUUCUCUGCAGUGCCCCUGCUUCCAAGCAGUCAGCUUCUCCCAAACGAUUCUUCCUGUGUUCCCCUCCUCCCCCCAUUUUUUUAAUACAGACAAGCACAGUGUGGGGUGCAGAGACAUGCCUCCCAGGGUUGGAAGCCACUUUGCACUUUUUUUUACAGAACGGGGGCACCCUCUCCCUGCUGCCGCUGCCCCCUACCCCUACCCCUUCUGCCAGGCUUUGCUGCAUAUACUACUGACAAAGCCGGCUUCUUUGGCAGCGGAGGGGCAACUCCAAACUCCGACCUGUCACCCUGAUCAUGCUUGUCCUCCCUGUUACAGAGGCCCCACGGACAGAUCAGGGGAGGGAUUGGGGGCGGGGGUGUAUUCCACUCCACCUCCCUAGUGCCAUGUAAUGUAGUCGUCCAGUCUUAAUUGGAGUUCUGUAGUUUUCAGUAGGAUGUGUGCAUGCAUGUCCACGUGAGAAAGAGAGAUGGGGCCGGCCCGCCCCCUGAAGUUGAUAUUUCCCGUCUCCCCGUCAGACCAGCAAUUAGGAAUGACCUCCUCUCCCCCCAAGGACAGUUCUGCUGCUAAGAGGCCACAGGGGCAAUUGGAGGGGGGGCAGCUUUGGAAGAAUGCCUUCCCUCCCUGUGCGUAUCUUGAAAGGAGAGGGGCCUUUGAUUUCGUUAAAGCAAUUUGCGUGUGCCGAAGUGUGUGUUUGUGUGUGUGUGUGCGUGUGCGUGCGUGCGGGCACUCGUCACGUGCUAAGAGUUAAAAGGAGAAGUUCUUCCAGUCCGUGUCGAUGAUGUUAGCUUAGGGAACCGUUUGCACUAAUGGAGGCCUUUGCCCACCUGACCAGGAGGCUUUGGCAUGAAAGACAUAAGGGAGUGUGCCUGUAUAUAUUGUGGGGGGACGGGGGGGGGGGGGGGGGAACGGGGCUUUGACCGAAUAUUGGCUCACCUCUCCAGCUUAUUGCUGGGGCAGGAAGGUAGCUGAAUGUGUGUAAAAACUACCUGUAACUCUGUGCUGGGAUUGGUACGUGAUGAGGCUGAACUGAGAAACCUGGUAUCCGUCAUUUCAAAGGACUUCCUGACAUUUGCUGAACCAAGCUCUUCCAUGGCCAGUGAGCACCCUUUUUCCGCUCCCCGAGAAAGAGGGGCUCAGCGGAAGAGUAGCUUUAAUGGGAGAGGGGACCUGGUCGCCUACUGGUGGUUGUCGUCUCCACUCGUCCAUCAAGGAAUUGCGGAAUGCAGCACAAACAGGAUUGGACACCAGAGCGAGUCUGUACCUUCUUCCCGGGACAGCAGCAAGUGUGCCCCGAUAUUAGGAUACUGUUCCUGGGUCCAAGUUAGCAGUCUUGGCAAGGAAUAGAGCGUAAUCUUAACACACACAAAAAACACCCCUACCUUAAAAAAAAGUAAUCUUUUAAAAAGGUAGAGGGGACCUAAUCGCCUCCCCCAUCUAUUCCCGAUGCAAUGAAGUCAAUUUUCUUCUGUGUAUAUCAACAGAUUUUUGCUUUGGUUGUUGAGUUUCGAUCAGGCCCCGGUCCUGGCGGAGCCCGUCUUUAGGAGGGUGCCACUGAUAAAGGAGGCUUGACUUCAUGGCAACAUCUGGCAGGGUGCCCCCCUUUUUUUCCUGGGGUUCUGGCACAUCAGUUAAGACCAAAUUUUGUUCUCUCUCUCUCUCUCUCUUCCCCCCCCCCUCCCCCUGUAAGUCACUGCAUGUUACAUUUUUUUCCAGGUCGGUGUGUCCAGACCUGUUGUCAUCUCCGUGUUGGGAUCUGGGGCCUGCUUUAGAUUGGGACGCUGGUGCACAAGGUCAUGUGCUCACGCCUCUCCUCCCAUGCUGUUCUCUCAUCCCAAAAUGGGCAUUGUAGCCCUCUUUGUCUCAUUGCAGGCUUUGUGCGGACAGACUGGGUACACCUAACUUGCCCCAAAAUGGCAUCCCUGGGGCCAUUUUGGGUCAAGAAAACAUCUUGGAGGGGAAGACUUUGUGCUGCGGUCCUGAUACAAAUUGAGCCCAUGUGUGCCUGGGAAUUAAAUUCCCCGUGCAGAAUUCAAGUCAUAGGUUUGACUGGUAAACCAGGGAGAAGAUGGGGAAAGACUAGCCUAUAGCCAAACUCCAGGGAUUUGCAGUAAGUUGGGCUAGUUUCUAACUUCCUGUUGGGUGAAAACCAGAGCCUCCUUUUGGGCUGCGCGGCAGAUGAAGCUGGAAUCUGCUGCUGCCGCCAGCCUCGGGCGGGCACCUCCGAGGGAAACCGGUCUGGAAGCUGAGUUGUUUUUCAUUUGCCGGAAGGGGACAGUCUGGGAAGGGUGCUGUGGAAGCAUGGCAGAAAAUGUAAAGAAAGGAGGGACGGGGGCGGUGGUGGUGGUGGUGGAAUGGCUUUGGGGUACUUACAAAUAAAUCAAAGGGCUUUCUUUCCCCUGUCUCCCUCUGUGUGUUUUUAAGGCACAAACUUAUCUGGGGCGGAGGGACAGUUUGCCUUUCUGUCCUUCCUUUCUGCCCUUUGUCACAGAGAACCAGUGUGGGCAAUCCCUGGUUUUGGAGGUUUUUCUAACUCGUGGGCACAAUGGGAUAGAAAAUGAAACUGUCUGUGGAACGCUGGCAGAUGAAGCCAUAUUGGUCUGAAUUCUCCCUGCUGUGCCGCUUUGAAAAGCAUUAUUGGUUCCUCCUUCAUGUCAGGAGUUUGUGAAUUCUCUGCCAGGCCACUCUCUUCCCCCAGGAGAGCUACUUCCAAUAUAAGUUGAUUUGCUUGUUUGAUUUAAAAAAAAAACACCCUUUCCUAUUCAUCCUCUCUCUCCGUGCGUGCGUGGGUAGAAUGAUGCACUUUAAAGCCAACUGAGAUAUCCCCCCCGCCCUCUAAGAAGGAAAACACAGUUACAAAAGGAAACCCUACGCCCAUGGGACAACCACAUGGUUUGGGUAGUGCCUCGUGCUCGGCGUUGCAGCAGAGAGAUUAAGUUCUAUACGCAUAAGUCACUGGGGAGUCUAAACGAAAGUGAGACAAUACAAAUCUGUAUAUUUUUGAAAAGGGAGAAGCCGAGGUUGGGUGGUGUUCAGAUACAGCUAUGCCUGCAAACAGAUUGGAAGUCGUAAACAUGUCAGAGAAAUCCCCACCACAGCAGCAGUGGCUGUCUCCCCUGCUCGCAAGUCAUUUUUCCCCCUACCAACUUCUCAUGCCUACUCUCGUGUUUCAUAUCGCAUAUCGCAGCUGUUGGGCAACUGGGGUUUCCAGGCUUGGGUCAGCUCGUUCCCCCCCACCCAUUCCCCCCACCCUGGGCAGACAUCGAGUUCAUCCUGAAUCAAAUCGAUUGGUAUUGUGAAAGGGAGGGCUAGCUAGCGGGAGAUGAAAUGAAACCUGGCCCGCUCUCCUGUUGUAUGAAUGUUGCCGUUGAAGUUAACCGCUUCCCUGUGGCGAGUCGUCCAAAAGAUGUUUGGCAGUCUGCUUACACAUAGGGAGGCAGAGGAGACCCUCAAGCAAGCUCCACCCGCCCUCCCAUCCCUUCCUCCCCAGCCCAGCCUUGUCAGAGACUCGUGCGGAUGGAGUCCGAGAGGCCGGGCGAGAGGGCUCUGCCUUGUGAACCACCCAAUGUUUCUGUGUCAAGUGAAAAUAAACUUCUUGUUGGUUUCAAUUAUUAUCCAAUAAUGUGUAGAGUUUAACUUUAGGCCUAACUCUCUUUUUCUGUUUGGGGAUUUAAUUUCUGUUUUUUGUGUGUGUGUGCGUGUGUGUUUUUAAGGCACCAAGUAGACACAGGAAAAUUGUAUACUUUUAUAUAUCUGUAUAUUGCAUUAUAAAAUGAAGGGUUGCUCCCCUCCCCCCACUCUCUGCUUGUAACACCACUACCACAUCAAUACUGACAAAUAAGGAACGAAACGGCCUGUCGGGAAGUUAUCAGAUACGGCUUCUUGACCACUUUGGGGGGUCUUUUGAUAUCAUAGGACAAAACAGGAAAAAAAGUGACCCACCAAACCUGCUUGGCUGAACGGCCUUUUAGGUCCGGCAGUUUGCCCACAUUUUUGGAAGGGGGGAGGCAAUUAAUCAUGGAAUAGUGAAGCAGUGGUGGGGAAUAUAGGGUGGGGAAUAUAGGGUUCAGCCAGGACUCUCUUCCAUUUCCAGCUGGACAUCGCCCUAAUUAUACAUGUCACUAGCGUGAUUUUAACUCUGGAACUUAAUAGCUGCUUCCGAAGAACAAUUUGGCUUCACGUUAUUCGCUUACGAAAAUUCUGUUGGGUUCCUAAGUGAAUGACCUGCUGGCACUCUUCUCAUGGGGCCGACCUCUUCCUUUUUCAGAGCAAAUAAUGUUUUUUACCCUUUUCUGGUUCACUUCCAUCAUUUUCAGAGCUUGUCUGUGUCCAGUGGUUCCUUUUAAUCGUGUGCCUUGUGUCUUGGCCAGUAUAAAUUGGCAGCGCUCUGCUGUAGUGUGUCUCUUACCGGCUAGAAACUUCUUCUUCUUCUUCUUCUUCCUCUUCUUCUUCUUCCUCUCCUCCUCCUCCUCCUCCUCCCCUGGUUUAGCACAACCCUGGAUCUAAUUUUCACCACCAUCACUUCCUGUUUUUGACGCUGUGUGUCUAUAUAGGUCGUCGUCUUUUUUUACGCCAAGGUAGCACUGCAGAGAAAUAGGAUAGGGCAACGUUCUCGAGUUGAGGUUGCGAGAGGUCUGUCUUGCAUAUCAAACCUUUCCCCGGAUCAGCCCAAAUCCUGUCUUUUACAGUCUAUUUUUAAUCCAGUCCUUACAGGCAGGUAGUGGUCAUUCGCCCGUCUCUUCCCCUGUGCUUGCAUGAGUGUAUCAAAGGGUUGUAUACUCACUCAGUAAUACACUUUUGUAUAAAACUUCCAACCUCGGUUGGUGCUUGUAGCAUCAGGGCCCUGCCAGCGAGCAUCAGAUUCGAGACUGAUGCAUUUGACAACGGAAGGUAGAUCCAAAGGGGCUUGGCUUGCCAUCGCUUGACUAGCCAGCCAGCCCUCGCCGCAUCCCGUAUGGGACCACUUGGCGGAGGGCUGCAGAUGGUGGUUUGUUGCUCUCUGCCGUUUCCUGCCUGCAAGUUACUGAAAUCAGCAAUACCUGCUUGGGAGGUAGCAACUUCAAUUUGCUCUUCUUCCAAAAAAGCAAAUGGGUAACUCGAUCGAGCACAAACCGCAGUUCUGGGAGGGUGAAGGGAAUUUGACUAUAUCUUCCUAAUUGAGGGGGGGGGGGACAGACAGUUUCCUACUCUGUCACCUGGCUGGCCGCUGAGCUGGAGUUUCUUUUCCAGGCCUAUCCAGACGAACAGUGCUUGUUUCAGUUGCGGGCCUCCGCACGAACGGGUAAGUGGAUGAGUUGGAAGCGUUGUCCUUUUUGGUUUUCCUCGAGUGAGACAAAACAAAACCACCCCCCGCCCUGGCAACUUCCUUCUCUCCUCCCUUAUUGUAUUGGGGGUAAGGAUAGUGUCUGUCCCCCCUCCCCUGGCUUCCAUCAAAUGACACGCCGCUAACAACAAUCCAACUUCCUUCCGCUUCACGACUCCAUAGUGAUCACCGUAUGACCAAAUAUUAGAAAGGACUGUUAUUAAAUGUAUGCUGAGUGCUUGCUACCCUGUACAGCUCCUAAUCCUCCGUAGCCAACAACCUCUCUAGCUGGUGGCAGUUUUUUCUUUUUCUCCUUCAGACUUAUUAAAAUGUUUUUAGUUUGUUUUCUAAAUCCCAGAGACACAGAUUUGGGAUGGGGGGAAGGUUUUGUGGGUUUCCCACCCCCUUUUCUGCUAGUCUUUUCUCUGAGAAACUGUGGUGUUUGAGACUCUCAUUGUGUGUAGGGUUUUAUCUACCCCCUGCCUCCCCCAGGGGGAAAAAAAAGAAUGUCGGUGAAAACCUUAUGUGUAUUCUUUGAUGGUCUAUAAGUAUGUAUUGUGAACUUUUCUGUAAAGUAAUUGUUCCAGGCACAAACGCUUCUGAUUUUUUUUAGUGUAUUUUAAACAUCUGUAUAUAUUUUAAAAGGGAGGGAUCGUAUACUUUUUUUUUUUGCUUUAUCUGCUGGCAGUCAAAGAGAAAAGGGAGAUUUUGCUGAGCCUGUGGUGUAUUUAGAGAGUAUUUUGUAUAGUUUCUGUUUCCAACAAUCUGGCUUCAGUAGGCACGUCAGAUGGUCAGAUGUCUUCGUACAAACACUCAUUUGGCAGCAAAACAGAUGGGCCCGCUCCUGUAAGAGCAAUAAAGGGGAAUGCUGGUAUUUUUCUGCCAGAUUCCGAGUUGAAUGGACAUCACCAUUAGAGGAAGUGUCUAUGUUUCUGAAAAGGUCUAUGUACAUUUAAAAAAAAUUUAAUGUGAAGAAGUUGCUAUAUAAAUACAUAAUGAUGGGAACUUCUGACCCAUCCACAGCUGAUCCCCGGUCUGAGCGAAAUAACAUUUGUCCAAGAAUCUGCCAGAUUUCACUGUCGUAUCAGGACCAGACAGAAGUAGAAAUUGGAGCAGAUUCUGCCGAUUCUUCUUGAAAUCAAUUUUAAAAGGCUCAUUGUUCACGCUCCGCCCUCCCCCCCCCUCCCCAAAUUCUGGCUCCCCGAUUACAGCUUUCAUUUGGCUUGAUGUGUUUUUGGGACAAUUACUUUUAAGAACUCUUGAGUAGAUUGUUUAAUAAAACUUUAAAAUGGAUUGCUCUUUUUUGUAGGUUUUGUGUACAGCCAAAAAAAAAAAAAAGACUGAAAGCACUGACUAUAUUUAAAAAAAAGGAAAAAAAGAAGAAAUUUAUUAAAGGAAAAUUUGUAUAAUUUCAGUAAGAAAAUAACAAAAUCCGUCUGAAUGUAUAUGUAUAUGUUUAAAAAAAAUCUACCAACCCCCACCCCACCCUUGUAUCCUAUUUAUUAUAUAAAAAGUUUGCCUUAUAAAUUUACAAGAAAACAGCUUCUUAUUUAUGGGUGGUCUUAUCUUCUUUUUGGUUGUUAAGAAGCAAACAAUUCGAUUUAAUACCCUCCUUCUUUGAAAACAGAUACUGUGGCAACCACAUUUUUAUAUAUGUACGGUCAUUUAAAACAAAUUAUAUUUUUAUGUUAAAAAUAUGGGGGGUGGGGGUUGUCUUAAGGUCCCAGUCGAGCACUCAGCAUGCAUUCUUCACAGUAUUCUAGUUGCAUCUCAUGUUGGUAAGUACUGUAUUCUGUGCUAGCAUUGAAUUAUAAACCUCUGUAAAUGUUAUAGAUUUGUUUGAGCCUUUCUUUACGAAGGUGGAAUGUUCUGCCUUGCCAUUAAAAUAUAAUAUUUUUCCCC